CCCGUUCCGGUACAACUAGCGAUGGUGUGCGUUUAAGUUAUUUAUUAAUGAACGACCAUCACUAAAUUAUUUCGGAAAAUUUUAUAAGAACACUUAGUUUAACAACUAUAUCGUCAUUUUUAACGUUUGAUAAUGCGAGUUAGUGCAGUUUGGAAGUAUUUUGUCAAAGUAGACGAUGGCAGAAGAGUAAGGUGUAAAGAGUGUAAUAAAUCGUUAAAAUAUAACAAAAGCACAACUACACUUUCGUUUCACCUAAGAGCUAUGCAUGGAAUAGACACAGGUAAAUCGACAUCACAACUUGAUCUUUCUGAGUCUGCGGGUACUAUUCGAGAGUUGACCAGCGAAUAUUGCUUCCUAUGCGGCAAAUCAAGCAAACUUCUAAACCAAACAUUCCAAAAUAUUGAGUCAUGCAAGGUUCCGGCAUCAGGAAAACCAAUUCAGGUCGUAUUGCAGCAUUUGGCUAACUGUGUCAAAACAAACUUGGUGUUCCAAGGAAUUGCCAGUAUUUGUUCAGAAUGUUGUGAUGAAUUAGCCGAAUAUGACAAUUUAAUGGUUAACUUACUUUCUUUUCAAAAGCGUUUAACCGAACGCCUUCGGUCAGUUUUAUCUGGGGAGCUUAAAUUGGAGCAAGCUGACUAUGAUGAGUCAAUGGCAGAAGCUAUGAUAGUUGAAGAUGGCCAGAUAGAAGACGCUUUUAAUCCAGAGUUAGAUGCAAAAGAAGAGUUUAUCGAAAUCGGCGGUAAUGACGAAAAUGUUGAGAGCAAUGUUCAGGAUGAAGACAGUUUUCAAAGUGAAAAGGGGUUUGAUGAUGGUGAUGAUGAUGAUGAUGACAAUUGGGCUGUGGAUAACAAUUUGGGCGAAAAAAGUCAGGAAUGUGUUAUUUGCGGAUUGAUAUUCAAGACUAAGUCCGAACUUAAUAGACAUAUAACCUCGGCUCAUAAUGUAAAACAAUUUAUUUGUAAUAUUUGUGGCAUAGUGCGAAGGGACGAAGAAUAUUUGGAGCUGCACAUGAAUGUGCACGAAGGUAAAACUGAAAACGAGUGCCGUUACUGUGACAGGCGUUUCACUCGACCAGUUAAUACUUUGCGACAUAUGCGUAAACAUUGGGAUAAAAAGGAGUAUCAGUGUGAAAAAUGUGGCGAACGUUUUUCUUUAGACAAUAUGCUUUACAAUCACCGGAUGCGACAUGAAGCCGAAGAAAACCCAUUAAUAUGCAGCAUAUGUAACCAAUCAUUUAGGUCGCGAAAAACUUACAAUCAUCAUAUGCUUAUUCAUAAGGAGGAUAGACCUCGACACCAGUGCACACAUUGCUCAAAAUCUUUCACCGAACGUUAUACACUAAAAAUGCAUAUGAGAACACACAAUAUUGAACUGCCAUCAUGCCGGUCUCGAGCAUCUCAAUUGUUAGAUGAGCAGGAACAAAACGAAACUAAGGAAGCUGUGUCAACGUUAAUAUCAAAAUUUGAAACUACGUCACCCCCAAAAGAGCACCGAUGUGUUAUUUGUAGCCGAAUAUUUGAAAAUAAAGAGAACUUGGAAAAACAUUUAGAAAGCGAUCAUGACGUUAUCUUGGAUGAUCAACAGAACCAAUGAUUUAAGUAUAAUUUUGAUUAUCUGUAAAAAUACGAUAAAAAUACUGACACAAAUUUU